AUGGGCAAAGGAAUUGGGUUUGGUACGUUCAUCAACUUCUCAAACACAGCAUCGCUACUUUGGCACGCAUAUCAUUCAUUGCCUUCUCCAUCCUCCGCAGUCAACUGGGCGGGUUUCUACUUCACAUCGCCUACAAAUUCGUCACAACUACUGCUGGGCCCCUUCCAGGGACAAGUAGCAUGUCAAGUGAUUAACUUCGGUCGUGGGGUAUGCGGAACUGCGGCAAAAGAGGCAAGGACGCAGUUAGUGGAAGACGUCGAGAAGUUCCCAGGACACAUUGCAUGUGAUGGAGCGAGUCGGAGUGAAAUUGUUGUUCCCAUUGUACAAGAUGGAAAGGUCGUAGCAAUUAUCGACAUAGAUUGUGCGGAACUCAAUGGCUUCGACGCGGAGGACCAGGAAGCCUUAGAAGAGUUGGCUGAGUUAUUGGCACGAUCGUGCGAUUUUUGA